AUCUAAACUAUCCGUGAAUCUGAGCAUGAAUCACAAAAAUACAAAUCAAAUUAUUAUUUGUUUCGUCGAAAUAUAAUAAAAAAUACCAAAAAAUUGAGUGGUUGAAAUUGCUGGUCCAACAAAAAAGUUAAAAUGUUGAAACCGAAAGCUCUGACGCAAGUCUUAAGCCAAGCUAACACUGGAGGAGUAGAAAAUACAUUGUUACUAAACCACCAAGGCGCUCUUCUUGCAUAUUCUGGGUACAACGAUAAGGAUGCUAGAGUCACCGCUGCUAUUGCUAGCAAUGUUUGGUCAGCUUAUGAAAAACAUGGCAGAAAUGUUUUUAAAGAAGACAAACUACAUCUUAUAUUAGUGGAUUGUCUCAAUGGCAAAAUUGCUGUGACACAAGUGGCGAAUUUACUACUCUGUUUAUACGCUAAGGAAACUGUGGGGUUUGGUAUUUUAAAAGAAAAGAUUAAUGCAAUUGCACAAUACUUAGAAGGUCCAUUAAAACAAGUAGCAAGCUCAUAAAU